CGCGGUAGAGUAGUGCAGUGAAAAUGGCUACAGUGUGGAUUCCUCCAAACAUUGCACCAAUUUGCACUGAGCAGCAAGCUCCAUUAACGCAAUGUUCGCCAACUGGAUUCAUGUUCCUAUCUCUUUUAACUCAACUAUUCGGAAAUUCUGUUGAUUUGAAUCAAAUUUCAAUGAAUCCAUACUUUCUAAAUAAUAUACAACGUAGUGUGACAGGAACUUUGUCAUCGCCGAUUGAAACAAAUAUAUUAGGACCGACGCAAAUUCCUUUAGGCCCCACUCCAAUUAAGGCCAUCGGUAUUGAUUCUUCUCCUUUGGGGCCUAUUCUACCGACAAAAGUUUUUGAAAAUUCGAGAAUAAAUCACAGGCUGAAUGAAAGAUUUCCUGGAACGUCGUUUUUAAAACCGGAAUCGAAUUUUAAAUUUGAAUUUGAGAAGGGGUUUCCGAAGUUCGAACAAAGGCCACCGAUUUAUAACUAUGAUUAUCUGAAUUCCAAGCUCUUUGAUUUCGAAGGGGCUGGCUCUGAGGUGUCUCUCAAAACUGUCAAGAAAGAAAAAGAAAGAAAGAAUAGGAAGAAGAGACAGAUUCCUGAAGAAUAUGAUUUCAUUGUUGUGGGAGCUGGAUCCGCAGGAUGUGUCGUAGCUAGUCGAUUGUCUGAAGUUAAAAAAUGGAAGGUACUUCUUCUAGAAGCAGGACCAGAGGAACCAGACGUGACGAUGGUGCCAGCAUUAGCUCCAACACUGGGUCGUUCUAAUAUCGAUUGGAACUACAGGACUCAACCCGAGGAAAUGACUUGCAGAGCGCAGAGGGGACAAACGUGUGCAUGGAUAAGAGGCAGAACAAUGGGAGGAUCGAGUGCUCUAAACUACAUGGUGUACAUGAGAGGCAACAGAAGAGACUACGAUGAAUGGGCUGACUUGGGUAACCAUGGGUGGAAUUACCAUGAGGUGCUGCCGUAUUUUAAGAAAAUGGAAAAUAAUCAAGACAUUGAAGCUCACGAUAAAUACUACCAUUCAACCGGAGGCCCACUUAACGUGGAAAGGUUUGAAUAUGUCGACGUUAACACCAUGAUGUUACUUCAGGCGUUCAAAGAAAAAGGUCUUCCUGUAACCGAUUUCAAUGGUCCUCAACAAAUGGGCACUGAUAUAGCACAAUCUACUUCUAAAGACGGAACUAGGUGGUCUGCUAACGUUGCUUAUAUAAGACCUAUAAGGGACAAACGACCGAAUCUUAACAUUGUCACUGACGCAUUUGUAACUAAAAUUAUUAUUGAUCCAAUAAGUAAAACUGCGGUGGGUGUACAGUACAUAAAAAAUGGUGUUUAUCACACGGCAUUCGCUAGAAAAGAAGUGAUCUUAAGCGCUGGUGCUUUAAACUCACCGAAAAUACUGAUGUUGUCGGGUGUAGGACCUGCAGAACACUUACAGACUCUUAAUAUUCCUGUUUUCGCUAAUUUGAGAGUAGGUUUCAAUUUACAAGAUCAUGUAACUACUGAUGCUCUUAUAUAUUCUCUAUCAAACAAAACUUCAACAAUGGUAGAUCAGGAAACGUUAAUGGCCGAAGUCUACGACUACCACCGACAGUGUUGUAAGAAACAUGGACCCUUAGCAACUACUUCAACUUUGAAUGCUGUAGCUUUUAUUAAAUCACCUUUUGCUCAUGAUGACGCGCCUGAUAUACAGUUCCAUUACGAUGCGAGGAAUGUUCAAGAGUUUUACUCGGACCCAACGACAGCUGUGGCUACAAAUAUUUUUCCUCUCAGUUUCUAUGAUGGUCUGGCGGCUAGGCCUUUAUUAUUGACUCCUAAAAGCAGAGGCUACGUACUUUUAAACCAUACAGAUCCUGUAUUUGGCCAACCGUUGAUAUAUUCACGCUUCUUCACAGUGAAGGAAGAUUUGGAUACUUUAAUAGCCGGUAUAAAAUAUGCUGUAAGUUUAGAAGAAACUGAAGCUUUUAGAGCAUUUGGGGCUAGGGUUGUGAAAGUACCAGUUGAAGGUUGCAUAGGGUUCCCUUGGGGAACUUAUGAUUAUUUUUCUUGUUUGCUUACAUCAUAUACUUCAACUAUCUAUCAUCCAGUUGGAACUUGUAAAAUGGGGCCUAAAUGGGACCAUGAAGCGGUAGUUGAUCCAAGACUCAAAGUGUAUGGUAUAAAGAAACUGAGAGUUAUAGACGCUUCAAUAAUGCCUAAAAUAGUUAGGGGCAAUACAAAUGUACCUACACUUAUGAUUGCGGAAAAGGCUUCAGAUUUUAUAAAGGAGGAAUGGUUACCGUAUUAUAAAUAAUGAUAAAACCACCAAAAUAAAAACGGUUCUUUUUUAGUUUUACAUUCAUAUUUACCUGCAGAUGUUUUUUAAAAAGUCAAGUAAAACAAUUUUUUUAUACAAAAUAAAUGAACGUUUGACCAGAAUCUUAUCUGAGGUUAAGCGAUAGGUGGCCAACGAUUUACUCUAUUGUUUUCGUAAUUAUGUAUAGCAGAUUAUUACACGUUUUAGUGCAAUGCUCUGGGUCACCACGGUCUUUCCUGUCCGCUGAGUGUCGGGCGCAUGCAGCCCUCAACGACAUUAUCCGCCGGGCAUUAGCCACGGUUAACGUCACCGCUAUGCUCGAGCCAAGCGUGUUGCGAAGUGAUGACAAACGCCUGGACGGAAUGACUCUUAUCCCUUAGAGUAUGAACCAGGCUGUGGUAUGGGACACCACGUGUGUUGACACACUUGCCCCAUCCCAUCUCCAGCACACACACACACACACACACACAAACACAGUAAGAGGGCUGGCUGCGCAGCUGAGCAAGCGGAAAGAAUAACAAUUAAUAAGUAUCGGGACCUUAGUUUCGAUUACCUAUUUAUAGCCUUUGGAGUCGAAACCCUUGGCCCAUGGGGUCCCGGUGCUCUUCAUCUGUAUAAAAUUUUCUCCAAAAAAUUAAUAAACUGGCGAGGAAAUCCAACUGCCGGUAGUUUACCUAGCCCAACGCAUGAGCAUACAAAGGGUGAACUUUCUUCAAAUAAUUUAAUUCUUGUUAUAGUUUCUAGUAUUUAAGCUUUUACUGUACCUUACUUGUAUACUUUAACUCCCUGUGCUUAUUAUACAUUACUAUUUUUCCUGGUGUAAAUAAAUUUCAACGAUCAUGGUCAUAUUUAGAGGAACGCUAAAGAAAAAUUUAAUCAUGAUAAUAAUGUUCAAAUGGAUCACUGGCCAUUUACAGGGUUAUUUGUAAAAUACUUACAAUCUCAGUGGGCAACGGGCUGGCCAUAUCUGUCGAAGAAUCAAUAACCGAUGAGGGUAGCGAGUUCUUGAGUGGAGACCACGGCUCGGCAAACGUA